ACGUUAGUAUUACUGAUGCAAAACAUAUCUCUUGUUUUUUUUUUUAUUUAUAAUCUCAUUUCAUCAGUAACUAUUGUCCCUUCUGACGUGAGAUAGUGCACGUGGUGGUCACUGGUCAGCCGAUCAAACCACCUGAGGCGUUAAUAGUGACUAACACAAACAUGGUGGGCGUGUGUGCGUGCGGGGAGGAAACUCGUGUGAAGUAGUUACCUAUGCAGUGGUGUUUGGAGGCCGCGAGUGGUGUCUUCUGGUGGAGAAAUGUGACGUGAGGCGACGGAAGAUUCAUGGCGAAGAGUAAGCGGAUUAACAGCCUUGAUGAAGAAAGAAACAAUCAAUUAAGUGUUUCUCUGGUGUGAUCGGUGGACAAAACGACGCCAGUGCACGCCUUCAGCCGCCGAGACAAAGUUGUGAUCAGAUGGCAAGAAAAGCCAACGUUACAAAUACUCUUGAAAAAAAAGAAAAGAAAAGGAAAAGAAUAAAAAAAAUUAGGAAAGAAAAUAACAAAAUAAAAAUGAAGAUAAGAAGUGAAUGAAAAGAAAGAAAAAGAAAUAGAAAAAAGAAAAAUAAGCAAGGUAUAUACGACUUAAUUGGCUUCCAGUUUUAAGAGUGCACGCGUGUUAUGUGUGUGCGUGUGUGUGUUUGUACGUGCGCUCCCCCUCGCUGUGCACACUGCCGCACCAUUAACACCAGAUAAGGGAAACGAAGGAAUUACUAAAAAAACAUGAAAUCCCAAGUGAAAAUGACGUGAAUUGAGAAGGAAAUAAAGAAAUAAGAAAAGAGAGUGAAGUGCUAUCUACGUGUGCUAAAGUGCGCUGAGAACUUAGGUGCUUAAAAUAGAACCUUACCGUUUGCUGAGAGUCUUACGAGUGCUGAUAAUUUGAGGCAACCAGUGCUAAAAUCGAAGGGAGUAACGGAAGAACGAGAAAUGCUUAUGUGCUAGAAAAGGAGAGAGAGAAAAAAAAAAGAACAGAAGAUGGAGAAGAAAAACGGUAACAUGGAGGAAAAAAAGACAGGAAAGCAUGGAGGAAAAGGAUCAGGGCAGAAACAAGGUCAGAGGUCAGUGGAGGGUGUCACCACCACCUCCACCACCAAAGGCACCCACGCCACCAGCAGCUCCAGCAAAGGUAGCAAGACUCCACCUCACUCCAGUCAGCAGCGCCGCAAUGACCAGAGUGGCAGCGAGAACUCCGUGGUGGUGGAGAGCGAGGAGGAGCAGCUGGUGUACUCUUGGCAUAAGGUCAACGUGUUCACCACCCUGAAAUCCUCGCAGGGCUCCAGGUGGUUCAAGAGGAAGACCCAUGAAUCGAGAGAGAAGCACAUUUUAAAGGACGUGACGGGCGUGUGUCGUCCUGGGGAGCUGCUGGCCAUCAUGGGGGCGUCAGGGGCGGGCAAGACCACUCUUCUCAACGUUCUCACGCACCGUAACAACGACAAGCUGCGCAUUACCGGCGACCUCUUCGUGAACGGCCGCCGCGUGGAUCCUGACACCCUGACCAGCCGCUCCGCCUACGUGCAGCAGGACGACCUCUUCAUCGGCCUCAUCACCGUUAAGGAGCAGCUCAUCUUCCAGGCCAUGGUGCGAAUGGACCGCCACCUGACCUACUACCAACGCAUGAGCCGAGUGGACGAGGUCAUCAGCGAGCUUGGUCUGACGAAGUGCGCAGACACGAAGAUUGGAGUGCCCGGCAGAAUCAAGGGAAUAUCCGGCGGUGAAAUGAAGAGACUGGCCUUCGCUUGUGAGGUACUGACUAACCCUCCCCUGAUGUUAUGUGACGAGCCAACCUCCGGCCUUGACUCCUUCAUGGCCCAAAACGUAGUGGCUGUGAUGAAGAACAUGGCGGAAAGGGGCAAGACUAUUAUAUCAACCAUCCACCAGCCAAGCUCAGAGGUGUACGCCAUGUUUGACCGCGUCCUUCUUAUGGCAGAGGGUAGAGUGGCUUUCCUUGGCGAGGUGGAUGCUGCCUAUCAAUUUUUCAACAGGAUCAACAUGCCCUGCCCUCCGAACUACAACCCCGCGGACUUCUUCAUCUCCACCCUGGCAGUGCAGCCCGGGAAGGAGGACGGGUGCAGGAAGGCCAUCAACACGAUCUGCGACGAGUUCAACAAGUCAGAGGAAGGAAUAAACAUUGAAAAAGCCGUAAAAGAGAACUCCACAGAGGGCGAGGCGGAGCGUUACGACAGCCUGGUGGACGUGGAGGUCAAGAAAUCACCGUACAAGGCCUCGUGGUGGUGUCAGUUUCGUACCGUCCUGUGGCGCUCCUGGCUCGAGGUGAUCCGUGAACCAAUGCUCAUCAAGGUUCGCUUCUUCCAGGUGAUGGCCAUCGCUCUGCUCAUCGGCAUCAUCUACUUCAGGCAGCAGCUCACUCAGGAGGGCGUCACCAAUAUCAACGGUGCGCUCUUCCUCCUCCUCACCAACAUGACCUUCCAAAACGUCUUCGGUGUGAUCAAUACUUUCUGCGCACAGUUACCUCUCUUCCUUCGCGAGCAUUUCAACGGCAUGUAUCGCACCGACGUUUACUUCCUGUCCAAAAUGGUGUCUGAGCUGCCCUUCCAUAUCUUCUACCCCUUCGCCUUCGUCGCCAUUGCCUACUACAUGGUCGGGUUUACUAAUGACGUAGUGGACUUCUUCAUCUGCGCCACUGUGGUUAUCCUUGUGGCCAACUGCGCUGUGUCUUUCGGCUACAUGAUAUCGUGCAUGUCGAAGAACCUCAGCAUCGCCCUUGCCAUCGCCUCGCCUCUCAUCAUCCCGCUCAUGCUCUUCGGUGGCUUCUUCCUCAACAGCGGGUCGACGCCCGCGUAUCUGACAUGGCUGAAGUAUCUGUCGUGGUUUAGCUACGGCAACGAGGCUCUACUUCUGAACCAGUGGGCUGACGUGAAGAGCAUCGCCUGCAGAGCUAACGAGACUUGCUACCCUGAUGGCCACGCUGUUCUCUCCUUCCUGCACUACGAAACGGGGACAAUAGGAGCCAAUGUAGCAAGUUUAAUCGCCCUCUUGGUGGGUUACCGGGUUCUGGCGUUCUGUGCGCUCCUCGGGAAGACGUAUAGGAAGCAGUAGUGGUAGUAAGGUAGUAGUAGUGGGGGUAGUGGUGGUGGUAAGAUCGAGGUGCUGUCUGAGAAGUAAUGUCCGUUUCUCUUCGUGUCUAUGUGAUGUGUCUGAUGUCUCUCUCUGUCCUUGGGUUUUUAAGAGUUUUUUUUUUUUUCAUCAGUACUUGUUUCUCUCUACGUGGAAUUCUUGUGUUUUUUAUAUUUUUUUUUCUCUCGUCUCCGUGUGGUUUUUAAGAGUAUUUAUCAUUCAUUGGUCUAGUUCUCCCAGUUUGUCUUAUUCUGUUAACUGGUGUAAUGCAUAAACUCUCGAUUCUGUCGCGCUCAUUGGCUCAGUUUUCAGAAAUAAUGUUCUUCUCGACGACUCCAGGAAGUUAUUGUGACCUUCAGUUAUAUGAUAGGUUUUUUCUUUCUUCUUUCUCAACGUGUUUUCUACUCUCAUUUAUGAAUUAGUGCGCAUGUAAUUAAUUGUUUUCUAUUGUGUAUCGUUUGCUCAAUUUCAAAAUGUUUCCUCAUUCUGUAAACCUUUUUUUUAUAUUCAUAUGAGUCUAGCACGUCUUUUCAACACAGAUUGUUGAAUUAGUCUCUUUUACAAGUUCCUCUCUCGCAUCGGAUUUCCAUUAGUACGUAUAACAUAUCUAGAAAAUAGUUAGAUCAUUCCAGUUUAGUCUUAUUCGUAAGUUGGUUUUAGUCAUUCUUAUUUUCUAUCGUUCUCAAAUUUUCACCGGCAUUCCUACGGAGGCUUUUUUUAUCAGUGUCGGGCUUACGUCUUGAGAUUCUACAACCCCUGCACCACUCCUUGCAGCUUCGUGGCAGUGAGAGUGCUGUCUCUCUGGCCUUGGCUUUUAUUUAUCUCUCAAAUAAUGACUUGGAAUUCCAUCGCCAAUCUCCCAAACCAUCUGUCUACCCUGCAUAACUGGGCGGCAUCCGAAGAGACGUACCGGUAGAGACAUUUUUCAACACCUUACGUUCACACACACACACACACACACACACACACACACACACACACACACACACACACACAAAGAAAACUAGUAUUACCUUCCCAAACUUACCUGGCGUUACAGCGCAAGAAAGCGACUGAAACUAUCUGGAAAAAAACAGUAGUCUGUGGGAAGGAGGAAAGGGAGACGGAGGAGGAAGACGUGAGAAGAGUGCAAGAGUAGCCGAGCGGUCAGGGAGGAACCAUAGGAACGGUUGAGGUAGGUCGGGAAAGGGAUAUGUCGUUUCAAGUGUCUUACGUAACACUGUCGUAAGGUCGAAACUGUACCCCGCGAGGUCUCAGUGGCGGGUCUGUUCAGCAUCCCUAGAGGAGAGCUUAGUCUGUGUAGAGGCAAACUUAUCACUGUUUUCCUUUUAUAGAGAGUCGUGUGUGCGGCUUUGUGGUGAUAAAGACGGGGAUAUAUGGGACUAUGAAUGGCCAGAGAGAGAGAGAGAGAAAGAGAGAGAGAGAGAGAGAGAGAGAGAGAGAGAGAGAGAGAGAGAGAGAGAGAGAGAGAGAGAGAGAGAGAGAGAGAGAGAGAGAGAGAGAGAGAGAGAGAAUUACUAUGAUCAUGAAUGAGGGAAUAUGAGGGUAGUGAGAGCGUGCCGUGUCUGGCCAGAGGAAGCUGUUCUUUGCCACGGUCUCUUGAAGUGAAGUUUUCUGAAAGGUUGGAAGGUUUCUAGACAUCUGUCCCAGACUUUUGGCUAACUUUUAUUAUCUUUAAGGGAACUGGCAAUCAAGUGGGCCUUUUUUUAUUUUAUUUUUUGUUGCCCUUGGUCAGCUUUCCAUCUUGCAUAAAAAGCAGACAGAGAGUUUACCAGAGGAAGGUGUGUGUGUGUGUGUGUGUGUGUGUGUGUGUGUGUGUGUGUGUGUCCUGCAGGUUGCCAAUCACUGUACCUGUCCUGUCCACCUGACCUACCCACCUGUUCUCUCUGUUCAUAAGUGUUGACACUGCCAUUAAAAUAUGUGCCUUCUG